CCAGCUCUCCUCUCCGUCACUUUCGAGCUCUUUUCAGACCUACGAGGAGCAUAAUGGCGAAAAUGAGGGUGUCAUACGAGUACUCGGAGGCGGAGGAUAAGAGUAUCCGACUAGGACUGUUCCUCAUCGUCUGUGGCAUCCUGUCCCUCUUUAUCCUCGGGUUCUGCUGGCUCAGUCCAACUCUACAGAGCAUGCAGAGCAAACCGGCCAACUGCACGGUGGUGUCCGUGCUCAGACCGGAGGAGAUGUUCGAGUGCGUGUUCACGUGCGGGUCGGACUGCAAGGGGACCUCGCUGUAUCCGUGUCUGCAGAUAUUCGUCAAUAAUUCCCAGUCGAACUCCGUGGCUCUGCUGCACUUUGAUGAACAGCAACUGGUGCUGAACCCAAAGUGCUCGUACGUUCCUCCAUGUGAGAGGGACAACCAGAAGAACAAGGACAAUGUUCUGUGGUGGGAGGACUACUGGACUAAAGAGGUCAGCUCCCAAUCCUUCACCUGUUUCUUCAACCAGCAGAGAAGGCCUGACGACGUACUGUGGCGGCGCUCCCACGAUGCCAGCGUCCUCCUCCACUGCGUCCUGUGGCCCAUGGUGAGCCUGCUGGUGGGCACCCUCAUCGUCCUUCUCACCGUGUGCGCCCGCAGCCUGGCCGUGCGCGCCGAGGCCAUCCAAAAGAGGAAGUGCUCGUACGAGCCGGCAGGCAACUCAGAGCAGGGCAAGACGCCGCCCAACACCAACACCGCCUCCUUCCGGACCCUGCCGAUGUUCGCUGUCCCUGUCCGACGCAGAGACCGGGAACAGGAACACUAGAUGGAUGGAUGGAUGGAUGGAUGGAUGGAUGAUGACUGUGGUCUCAGUGGUGGCUGUUGUGUGAUGAGGACCUCAUAAAAGCGUGGAAUGUUUGCACUUCCAAUUAUGACUGUUCUGAACACUCUCAUUCCGCUGGACUUGACUGGACUCGAGGCUCAUGCACCAGAAAUGCUUGUCUGUCUUGUCUUGGUGUGUUUGCCUACUUGUGUAAGAGCCAUUUUGUCAGUUCAACUCUCAGCUGGUGGGGGCCUUUUCUAAUGCUAUGUGUAUUACAAUGUGUUGGUUAUGUCUAUGAAGAAGCAAAAAUCCAAAAAGGACAAUGCCGCUUUCUGUCACUGGUCAUGUUUUGGACAGGUCUGUGUUACGUGUUGAGCCUCUGUGUCUCUGUGCUGAUUGUAAUGUUGUUUGCGUUUACUUCACUAGCUGAGCUCGGUCUCAAAGUUCAGAGUUCACUGACUUACAAACAGGAAAUGUCUGUGACCUUUGAACGCUCUUUAACUAGACUCUUCAUUACAAACCCCUGGUCGUAUGAAAGGAGGGAUUGUGAGGGCGUCCCGGCCAGGACCACCUGAGAAGAAUCUUCAACACCAGUUACACAAAAUGUCAAUGCUUUGUUUAGAGAGAAUGUGGUGAAAGGAAUUCUGGGAGAGUCCUUCUAAUCCCUGGGACUACAGAGCCAGAAGCAGACCUUGGUCUGAUCACCCUCAGCAUGAUGUACUGUCUUCUUCUCUGGGUGGUAUUAGGAAGUGUUUAAAUGCCUAUCUCACUGUUACUGUUCUUGAACACCCCGGGCCAGGAUUUAAACAAAUCGCAACAAUGCGUAUAUUACUUUUAAAGGCAUAUUGCGGUUUGUUUUGAUCCGGUUCCCCCUCUCUCCUCUCUGUACCACCUGCCUUUUACUAAACCUGUUUCUAACAAGGCUUCUUUAAGGCAUCUGUCCAACUACAGCCAACCCAACCGCCAUGGAUGGAAUAUGUCUGUUGUUCGUUUUCAGUUGGUUGCCGCAGGACAUGUUUGAACCUAUUUUGUCCCGAUUCAAUAUGUAGAAUGGGCCACGGACAGUUGGUCUGGGUUCGGGACAAAACUUGGGAUAGGUAGUUUGUCUGUGGUUGGAUAGAUGUGCAGAUGCCUUGACUGUAGCAACUUCCUCUGCAGUCUGUCUUCUGUCUUACCUUCUGUCAGUUAGUGGUUUUAGUUUUUUUACGAUGCAAAUUGAAUGGUUUUCUUACCACAGUAGCAGACUUUUGCACCGUUUUGAAUAGUUUGUCGUCUGUAUGUGUUACCGUAAGCUCUCCGAUUGGUUUGAACAGUUAGUACCUCCAGUUAGUGUUUUCCAUCGAUUGGAUAAAAAAAGAAAGCUGAUCUGACUAAAAAUCGUUAGACCUACCUACCUUGCUCCAAGAAAAGGUUUGCUCUCUCAAUUGCAUUAAUCGGACGUACAGAAGUUUUUACUUGUGUAUUUUCUACAAAAGAAGUAGCUAAGACAUUGUUGUCCUUUGCUAAAAGAUGAAUGAUAUUUCAUACAUAAAGCCAUAUGCUGAACAUGUGAUUGCAGUAAGAGACAGCUCUAGGGGAGGUCAUGUUUCUCAGUCCUCUUAGAAUAGGAGCUGUAACAGUUGUACUAAACAAACAUAUUUUGUGUUGGAAAGAGAAUGUUUUUUAAAAAGCCAAUCCAUUAAAACGUCUGCUGCAUAAUGAUGA